ACCCUCUCCCCCGGACGAUGCUGAAUUAUGAGCGUGCCACAUCAUGAGUCUCCUGGGGCGGGUAGCUGUGCGUCGAGCCACCCUGCUCUGUGUUGUGUUCCUGAUGGCGCGAGCGUGGAGCAGCGCCUCUCUGGCUAUGGCGGGGGCGGCAGCACCAGGCCCUCAGGGCUGCCCACCGCAGUGCUCGUGUAGUAGCCAGCUGAGUAAGGUGGUGUGCACUCGGCGCGGCCUCACUCGCGUGCCCCCGGGCAUCCCCGCCAACACGCGCCACCUCAACCUGAUGGAGAAUGCAAUUGGAGAGGUGCAGGCCGACACCUUCCGACACCUGCACCACCUUGAGGUUCUGCAGCUGGGCCGCAACGCCAUCCGGCAGAUCGAGGUGGGCGCCUUCAAUGGCCUCACCAGCUUAAACACGCUGGAGCUAUUUGACAACCGGCUAACUGGGGUGCCCAGUGGUGCCUUUGAGUACCUGUCCAAGCUCAGGGAAUUAUGGCUGAGGAAUAACCCCAUCGAGAGCAUCCCUUCGUAUGCCUUCAACCGAGUGCCCUCGCUCAUGCGUUUGGACCUGGGCGAGCUACGCAAGCUGGAUUUCAUCUCCGAUGGCGCCUUUGAGGGCCUGCACAACCUCAAGUACCUCAACCUGGGCAUGUGCAACAUCCGGGGGGAGAUGCCCAAUCUGAGCCCCCUGCUGGGCCUGGAGGAGCUGGAGAUCUCGGAGAACCUCUUCUCCGAAAUCAAGCCAGGCUCCUUCCGGGGCCUGCGCUCACUCAAGAAGCUGUGGGUGAUGAAUUCGCAGAUUGGGGUGAUCGAGCGCAACGCCUUUGACGACCUGAGCUCGCUGGUGGAGCUCAACCUAGCCCACAACAACCUGAGCGCCCUGCCGCACGACCUGUUCUCCCCCCUCAGGUACCUAGUGGAGCUGCACCUCCACCACAACCCCUGGAACUGUGGCUGUGAAGCCCUGUGGCUGGCGCGAUGGCUGCGAGAGUACAUCCCUACCAAUUCUACCUGCUGUGGCCGAUGCCACGCGCCGGCCCACAUGCGGGGCCGCCAGCUGGUGGAGUUGGACCGGGGGGAGACUGGCGUGCUGCAGUGCUCUGCCCCCUUCAUAGGCGACGCGCCAAGAGACUUGAAUAUUUCGGCAGAGCGCGUAGCGGAGCUCCGUUGCCGGACUGCGCCAAUGUCCUCGGUUCGGUGGCUGCUGCCCAAUGGGACUGUCCUGACGCACGCCUCGGCCCACCAGCGGAUCGCCGUGCUCAACGAUGGCACACUCAACUUCUCCAACGUGCUGGCGGCUGACACAGGCACCUACACCUGCAUGGUGUCCAACGCGGCCGGCAACUCAAACGCCUCAGCCUACCUCAACGUGAGCGCGGCUGAACUCAACACGUCCAACCUCAGCUACUUCACCACGGUAACCGUGGAAGUGCCGGGACCCACCACGGAGAUGCCCAAGCCCACAACGAGCGCCCCUAACACUGGUAGGGGGGCUGGAGGAGAAGCAGGGGGCGCUGGCACCACCACCACCGCCUCGCCCUCCCUCUUUCAGCCCGUCUUCAUCUCUACUCCCACCGUUCUGCUCCAGAACACCGAGGGCCAGCCAGGCGGCCGACCGUCCGCCGUUCCUGCCUCCAAGUCUGCCACGGUCAAGCCACCCGACACAGUCCCCAGCCUGGACGAGAUGAUGAAAACCACCAAGAUCAUCAUCGGCUGCUUUGUAGCCGUCACGCUGCUGGCCGCCGUCAUGCUCAUCGCCUUCUACAAGCUGAGGAAGCGCCACCAGCAGCGGAGCACGGUGGCAGCCGCCCGUACGGUAGAAAUCAUCCAGGUGGACGAGGAGGACCUGCCGCCGCCUGCUUCUGCUGCCAACCAGAUCCGAGACCACACGCUGCCCGAGAUACGAGACCACACGCUGCCCGAGAUACGAGACCACAACAGCAUCCAAAAACUGGAUUAUAUCAGCCACAAAACAGACUAUGGCUUCCCCAAACCCAAAGCCGACUACAAGGGGGACUACACAAUCCACAUGCCCAAACCAGACUACAUUAUACACAAGCCCAAGGCUGAGUACACCACCUAUAAACCAACCGUGGACUACACUACCCACAAAUCUACAGUGGAAUAUAGCACCCACAAAUCUACACCAGAUUUUAGCCUUCAUAGACCAAAGGCUGACUAUAGCCCAUUCAGACCGGAAUAUAGCACUCACAAGCAGCCUAAAGCGGACUAUAGCCCCUUCAAACCCGACUACAGUACUCACCCGAGAACACCUAAAGCAGAUUAUAGCCCAUUUAAACCGGAUUAUAGCAGUAGUACUCACCCGAGAACACCUAAAGCAGAUUAUAGCCCAUUUAAACCGGAUUAUAGCAGUAGUACUCACCCGAGAACACCUAAAGCAGAUUAUAGCCCCUUCAAACCGGAUUAUGGCACUCAUCCAAAACCCAAACCGGACUGUAGCCCAUUCAAACCUGACUACAGCACUCACCCACGACCUAAACCAGACUACAGCCCUUACAAACCUGACUACAGCACUCAGUCCAAAUCCAAACCGGAGUACAUUACACACAAAUCCAAACCGGAGUACAGUACACACAAAUCCAAACCCGACAACAGUCAAUACAAACCCAAAUCAGAACACACCCCCAAGGGCGCGCCGGACUACAUAGUCUUCAAAUCAGGCUACAACAGCCCCCACAAACAGGAUUAUGGCAACCAGAAACCCAAAAUGGAUUCCAGUCCCCACAAAGCAGACCAUCACAAGGUGGACUACCGCAACCUUAAGCCCAAAUACAACACGUACAAGCCAGCAGGACAUGGGGCUAAAUGGACAGAGAACAACAUUGGGAACUCUCUCCCUCGAACCUUGCCCAGCGCCAUCACAAACCUCCCUGAGCCCUUUGUCAUAAAAACUCACACCAAGGAGAAGGUUCAGGAGACUCAGAUUUAAAGCCCCCCCCACCACCACCAAGUCCCAAUCCCCAUAGCCACCCCUCUCUUCUCAUAACUACAUGCAAUAGAAUGCACAACGGGGGAAAAGACAGGAACUUUCUUUUUUUGUACAGAGUGCAAAACUUAAAAAGACUGAACAUUUCUUGUUGUACAUGCUUAUAAAUAAAUCUAUAUAUGAAACUAUUGAAAGUACCAUGGACUGGUGAUAGAGAAGCAUAUUAUAUUAAAAAUAAAUACAUUGAAACUAUUUUCUAACUUGUAACUUCUAUUUAAAAAGACGAGUUGUUUAACAUACGAUCUUGACUUUGAGAAAUGAGGGUAGACUUGUUCAAAUAAAGAAAAAGGCAUUGUGUGAUUUAAAAAACACAAUGCUACAGAGAAUGCAGUGAAAAGAGAAAAAACAUUUAUACUGAGAAGACUUUCUUUAAGAAAAAAAAGGUCAGUGUUUGAUCUUUACAGGUUUAUCUUGUAAAAGCACCAUGAAUUUGUAUUGUGCCAAAUGUUACAAAUGCAAUAAAAAUGAUUUUUGGAGAGAGAAAAAACCAAACAGAGAGA